AUGCUGCUCUCGAUCAAAUCUACACUUCUCUCUAUAACAUGGGCAGUAGCUGCGAUCGCCCAAGAUGCCGUCGAUGAUAUGUCCUUUGGUCACAAGCAGGGAAUCUCCCCAAAUUCCUUCGCCAUUCCCGGUUGGGCAAUGCUAGGUGAAGGACACGUGCCUCAACUCCUUUCCGACAAAGUCAUACUCACUCCACCCUACGGAGGCCACAAAAAAGGUUGUCUAUGGACCGAGAGGGCCAAUUCGCUAGAGAAUUGGAUGGUCAACUUCAAGUUCAGAGCGGGCGCACCUGAUAGGGGAGGUGGUAACCUACAACUAUGGUAUGCCGCAAAUGGGGAAAAGCAAAUUAGCACAUCAAGCAUAUAUACUGUUGGCAAGUGGGAAGGCCUGGCCAUUGUGAUAGAUACAGUGGGUGGCACACAGAAGAUCAGAGGAUUUCUCAAUGAUGGCUCCAUCGAAUACAAGAGUCAUGCCAAUGUUGACAGCCUUGCAUUCGGCCACUGCGAUUCUGUCUAUCGCAACCUUGGCCGCCCUUCCCACAUCAAUCUCAAGUACACCAGUACCGGAGGUAUUGAACUACUUGUCGAUGGCAAGACAUGCUUCGCGACCAACAGAGUCACUCUCCCACCCAACUACUACUUUGGUGUUGCGGCCUCCUCCUUCGACCCGCCGGAUUCAUUCGAAGUUUUCGAAUUUGCCCUGUCCUCAAUUACAGCCGCCCCUCCGGUCCAGCAGCAGCAGCAGCAGCAGCAGCAGCAGCAGAUCCAGGAUCAAUCCCAACCCGCAACGCACCAACACUCAUCCUCAUCCUCGCAGCUAGCGACAUCUGAAGCGCAAUUCGCCGACCUGCACAACCGACUGAACCAGCUCUCCAAAUCCAUCCAAAACAUGUUCACCGAAAUCAACCGACACACCGCCGCUGAAGAAGCGCGGUACAAGGAGAUCCUCUCCAAACUACCCGAUACCGCGCUGAUCAAUGGGCUGAAUGGGAAAGUGGCCAACCUGGACAAACUAGUCUCAAACCUCGAACGCGAACUCAAGUCGUCAGAUCACUCGACACAGUUCCGUAAGCUGAGCGAGCAGAUCGAGAAGACUCAUGUCGGGGUCACGGAGCACGUGCCUCAGCGCCUGAGAGAAUACGUGCAAUCACACACGCCGCGCAUCGGCUUUAUUCUCUACAGUUUCAUGGCGUUCCAGACGUGUUGCGUAGGGGUCUUUGUAUGGUACAAGUGGCGGAAGAGUACGAUGCCGAAGAAGUAUCUGUGA